CGCCCUUCGAGCCUCAGACUCUCUUCGGGAGGGCCGGAGUGAGGAGGUCCGUUUCGCUAGUGCCAGUGCGUGUGAUGAGAGUGAGAUAAGAUUCUGUACAUAAACAAUCUCUUGACUGAAAUAGACUCACAGUGAGAAGAACACUCAAAUAAUGUUCAGAAAAAGAUCCCUCGUGGCAUAAAAGUGAUCAUGGAAAGCAUCAAGCGAAGGCACAUUGAUUCGAACCUCGCGGAACAGAGCAUACAGUUUCACAAGCAAAGUCUUUCGGAGGAAAAGGAAGAAGUGGGAACUAUCCAAAGGAGAGUCGAGAUCGUCCAUGACUAUUUCUCCACCGAGGCCGAGUGCUGUGUUCCGUCUGGACUGAGUUAUUGCAAUAAGUGUGAUUCUGGACCUUCCUGUUGCGUGUAUCUCAGUGACGAGGACGAUUCGAGUGAUCCCACGUCCUCUUCUGUGGACGAUGCUGGUCACGUAAACAAGCGCGCACACUAUGAGGAUUUUCGAGGAGGAGACGAAGGGGAAGGGGAAUAUUAUGAAGACGCAGAGGGUCGCUACGAAGAAGAGGAUGAAGAGGGAGAAUACGUUUUAGACGACGAAGGGGAGUAUUUUGUAGACAGCCAGAGCGACUCGAAUAACAAAGAGGAGGACGGCGGCAACGGCGACGAGGACCUGAUAACCUUCUCGAGUAGCAGUGACUUCAGCCCCGACAGUCUGGAGGAGGUUUGUGCACGCAAAGCCAAGGACGACGUGCAGAACCCAGCUACCGAGGAGGACGUCAGCCAGCAGACUUCCGACGACUCUCUGACGCCUCGAAACACAAGCAUGGACGACAUUGAGACGAUAGCGUACACAAGGUUGCCCGAGGAUGAGGAAGAGAAGGAGGAUAGUCACCAGUCUUUCAUACAGAACUUGAUGGAUGAACCUAUCCUCGAGGACUGCCCUCAGAUCAUCCUCCCGCGACCCAGCCUCAUCAAGGCAUCCGAAGAGACAGACAGGGAGAAGCUACGAGCACUAAUCUCGGAGAUCGAGGCGUACCUGAAGGAGACGACAAUGCUUCUGGAGAGCGCCACGACAUACACCUCUGCUACAAAGAGUCGUGAGAAAGGGUCGAAAGAGUCACCUGACGAAGGACAGAAAAUCGAAUCGAAGAAGUGUUCGGAUUCAGUCGCUAAGGAGCCGUCCUCUGUACAUGCAACUCUUCCUCUCAGAUCAGAUAAGCCGCAGAGAUCAGCUGAAAGGAAAAUCGAGGAACCUGCUAUGCCAAGUCCUCUCUCGACAACUGUACACGGGAAUUUAGAGACUACGCGUGCCAAUCGUCCCUCUGAUAUCCAACCAGCAGAGGACCCGAAACAAACUCACGACGCCACAGUUGAAAUUCGCGUAAGCCCACCUGCUGCUAAUCAGCUUCCUAAGAUCAAGUCUGAACCCCCUGGAAACCUCGAGGGGGAUUCUCGGGGUCUGACAGAUUCACAUGAGAGCCAGGUAAGUGAGGGAGAACACAAGUCUCUCUUCAAAAGUGUAGCUACGGACGUCUCUCACGCAUCUACGAGACUCACCGACAGUCCGGAUAUCUACAAGUCUCUUUUGGAAACACACAACCUGGCCGAGACCGAGUACUAUUCAGCAGUAGAGACGUCGACGGAAGUUCUAGACGCUCUAGAAUGGGAGGAUAAGGAGGCUAAAAGGAAAGACAAGAAGCAGUCGAGGAUUAUUUACAAGCCCGAUGAGACGACCCAAGGCGACGAUAUCUGCUUCACGAGCCCCAGAAAUCGACGGACGUGGCUCGCGGCCUUUGAGGAACUCGAGGAUAGCUUCGACAGUGCAAUUAAAAGCGGUGAGAAGCAACCUUCCGACGUGUGCAAUACGGAAAAGGCGGAAAACGAGGCCGCGUCAGACGCCAGUGAGACUCCUAAAAUCACGGACGCGAAGCAAAGCCGUCGGCGCUGCGAGUCGCCUCCCCCGACGAUUUCAUGCUUAGAGAAUCUCGAAAAACUGUGCAGGCGGCUGAGUCUAGAGCGAGAGAAAUAUUCGGAGCAAAUGUGCACGAUUGACAGACCUUCUCCAGUGGGGAUGGAAGAUAAUAGUUAUGCGUGUAGCGAAGAUAAUGAAAUGUUCUCGACGUCAACCAUAUCGGAAACGGAAAAUGACAUCACAGCCGAUAAGCCUUACACUGUGCGAAUGGCAGGGCAGAAAGGGGACAAAGAGAACUCGGGAACUAACGUACACCAUUUGGAUAAUAUAAUCAAGGGAGAUUUAAACCAAAACAAGCCGGAAUUUCAUCAUCCACUCGCUAAAGAGACGGGAUGUGCCUUCAAAGAAAACGGAGGACUCGCCUCAGCCAAAGAAAAUGAAAAGACAAGGGCGAGAUGGGACACUAAAGAAACUUUAAAGUUUCAGUAUAUCGAUUCCAAACUGGAUGAAAUAUUCAGUUCUGUCGAAGAUGAAGUUUCUCACACCACUUAUUCAAAUCUUGUAAAUCAAAUGGUGAAAGGCCAAGCAAAGAUUCAAAUGCGAAGUCACGAUGAUACAUUGUAUGCAAGCGGAAAACAAGUCCAGAAGCAGUUGAAUGAAAUUCUAAACGGAAUGGACUCCAUGUACGAGUCUUACCUAAAGAAAAGGAAAUCCCUGGACCUCACACACGAGCCUAAGAAUUUUACGGAUCUUAAAUUCCCUGAAGGAAACAUUUUCCGAACAAAAGCCGAGUCUCCGGACGCGACCGCCGAGAAGAGAAGAGAAACCAAGAGCGAGCUGGACGCCUUCAGGGACAUCAUCGAUAUCUCCGAAGACCUGAAGAACCUGUGUGUGUUCCACGUCAACAAGCCCGGCUGGGACUCCGCCGCCACAGACCCCCACAGCAGGAGUCCGACGCCCCGGGAAGGAGCCGACGUCGAGUCCUCCUUCCCGGACUUCUACGAGAGUGACGGCGCGACCCCGGAGGCUGAGGCGAAGGAGUUCGUCCCCGACGGCAAGCCACGGGACUCGCCCUCGCACGUCAGAGAUCCCUGUAGGAGGUCCUCGAAGGAGUGGGAAGGAGAGGCUGGCGUGGGCUCCUUCUUGGCCACUAUGAAGGAGGAGAACUUGCGCUGCUACAAGGUGACGCUGGAUUACCUGCAGAAGAUAUCGGCCUCGCAAGGAGACACGGGGGAACGCGGGAACACAAACGGAGAUGACGUCAUCACCUUGCCAGCCAAUCAUCGACGUCAGACUGAGGAUAAGGUGAGUUCACCAGCUUGACUUCGUGCAGGUGGUAACAGGUGGUAACAGGUACCCUUCAGUCAGAUGGUUGAAGCGGAGAUUAGACCAGCUGGUUGUUGCAGAUGGUGUAAGAUAGUUGCAAUAAUGCCCAUAGCUUUAUCAAGACCAGCUUUAAGUAUGUACCGAAAGUGAUGUUUAAAAAUAAACGUAAACAUUUAUAUUUCUACGAUUAUAUAUCUGCCAUUAAUAAGAAGCCAUGUUGAUGAUGAAAUCAAAUAAAACACGAAUACUUAU